AUGAAUUACACAUGGAAUGAUAUCAUCCACGGACAAGUGUCAAUGAACCAAACCUUCAAGUCAGGCGGGCUGGGCAAACUUAUGAUUCGAGGCCAUUUCGAGGUCUGGGUGUGCAGCUAUAGCGACGAGUGUGCCAAGCCCAGCAACCCUUUUUGUUACUUUUUCGAUGAGCAGCAAAAGGUCUUUUCCCCAUGGGGUUUAGAGGAGGAGCUCAUGCUUAGCUAA